AGUCGGUCAUGUUUCAGAGAAAACAAAAGAAAAAAGAUGUUUUCUCUCAUCCCAGACUUCAGGGUCCUCCUGUGUCCCUAAACCAGAGGUGUCAAACUCAACCGCACAAGGAGCCAAAAUCCAAACACACCUGAGGCCGAACAGGAUAAACAUUUAUUGAACAUUCUUAAACUGCACUUUAAAACUAUUAAUUUUUAAAGUCCCACUAUUGGUCACUCACCUAGGUGUAUGAAAGCCAACCCAAUAAUAACAAGAGGACCCACUAACUAACUAACCAACCUACUAACUCACUCAACAACCAACUAACUCACCAACUAACCCAUUUAUUAUAACCCAACCCACCAACCAACUAAUCAACCAACUCACCAGCUAAACAAUAAACCAACCCACCCAACAACUAACCAAGAAAUCACCAACUAACCAGCAAACCAACUAACCAAUCAACCAAACAAUCAACCCACCGACUAACCAACUUACCAACCAACUUACAAACUAACCAACAAACUCACCAAAUAACAAAAAUAAAAAACAACCAACCCAUUUAUUACAAGCCAACCCACAAACUAACCAACUAACCAACUAACCAACCAACUAACCCAUGUUUAUGGAGUGUAUUUCAGGAUCAUUUCAGAUGUGUGUUUCUGGAGAAAGUUUCUCUUGAGCGUUUUUUUCCCCCCUAGCGUCUCAGGUGUGUGUUCUAAGUAACAUUAUUCAGUUCUAUGUUUCAGGUCAAUCAAUCACCUGUAUUUAUGAACUCAGGUUGAACAAAGCGCUUCACAUCCAAAGCUUACAUUACCCGUUUGUGUUUCAGAAUCGUCUUUCAGAAGCGCUCCGGAGCCUUUACUGACAGCAGAAUAAAGAACCUUCUGUGGACUUGGACGGCCCAGUUAAACAGAUCAUCUUGCACUUUUGUGCGGCGCACGUCUGUAAACAUCUGGAUUCUUUAAAAGGUGAAGCUGAAGCUGAAACUGAAGCAGUCGGCCAUGGCGGUUCUCUGGACGCUGGCUUUGCUUUCCUUUGGUGUUUCAGGCAGUCGGCUCUCAGACUGCUCAUAUUAUGGUCUGCUGAAGUAUCUGAACCUGACAGCACCCAGUCCAGUUCUGCAGGUCAUGAGACCUGUGCACAACUGGAACCACACCACAGACGUCUCCUUGGACAUGGUGAUGUACGGCAUCCUGGAUGUGGAUGAGAAGUCUCAGACGGUCACCAGCCACGUCUGGAUAGAAACCCACUGGACAAAUGAAUUCCUGACCUGGAAUCCGUCCGACUUUUGUGGGAUCGACAAGGUGACGAUCCCAAAGUCUCUGGUCUGGAACCCAGAUGUGGACAUUGAUGAGGACGCCUCGGACUCUGGCAGCCUUCGUGAAGACCCUCUACUCAUCUUGAUGUCCAGCGGUAGGAUGCUAACCACCAAACACCAGCGCCUGACCUCCACCUGCCAGCUGAACCUCUUCCUGUUCCCGUUUGACGUGCAGCGCUGCAACAUCACCUUCUCCUCCUCCAGCUACGACACCGGAUCUUUGAAACUGGGCCCAGCCAGGAGCAGCUACGUCAUCACGACUCUGUCCGACGUGUUCAUGAUCACCCAGGGGGCGUGGAACCUGAAGGACGUGGAGGUGUCCCUGUUUGAUCGCUCCAACGGAAACAUCAGCGUCAGCAAGCUCAGAUACACGGUCUCACUGCAGAGGAAGCCGAUGCUGUACGUGAUCAACUUGAUCCUGCCGCUCUUCUAUCUCCUCAUCCUGGAUCUGGCGUCAUUCUUCAUCAGUGGGUCCAGCGGAGAGAAGCUGGGCUUCAAAGUGACCAUCCUGCUGUCCAUCUCCGUGCUGCUGCUGAUCCUGAACGACAUCCUGCCCUCAACCGAAGACACGUUACCAAUGAUCGCCACCUACUGUGUCUCCGUCUUCACCGUGGUGUGGCUCAGCGUCCUGGAGGCCAUACUGGUGGGAUUCCUGCCCCAAAUCGAUGGUUUUUGCUGUAAGGAAGGUCAGCGCUCUGAAGACCUUCAGCAGGAAGCCGUCAGUCAUGAAGAACCUGGAGGAGUUCUGGAGAACACGGAGGUCAAACCGGGAAAGGUUCUUCCUCCGGAUGACCUGCAGGAGUUUCUGAGAGAGAUCCUGGAGGAAGUGAGAGCGGCGCCGCAGGAAGCCGGACGUCCGGAGGAACGGAGCGCACAGGAAGGACGCUUCAGGAGGAUGGCUAAGAUGAUAGACUACGUCUUCGGUCUCGUUUAUUUCUUAGUUGUGGUCAUAUUUUUCUUAUACUUCUGUAUCAUCUGGAUUAACGGUUAACCUUUGGUUUAUGGAUGAACGACGCUGAAAUAUUUCUUAAUUAAAUCUGAAAUUAUAAAUUAAAGGUGUUUUGUUGAUUUAAUAGUUUAGAAGCUGCCCCCUAAAUAUGACCAUAAAACAUCUCUAUGCACUGAAUGUGUUAUUUUAGAGACAAUAAAAAAAGUUUAAACAUUAUUCAAAAAAAUGAAGAGGCAGAAACCUCAGUGACCAUCAAGACAAACAGGAAAAGAACUUUUAUUUAAAACUGAAAAAAGCCAUAAUAAUUUCUUUUAAAAAGUCAUAAAAAUUAGAAAAAAUUAGAAAAAAAA